UACUAUUAUUUUCUGUUUUUGCCAAAUUAUGUUGGCGCUGGUAAACAAGUUUGUUUGUUAAACUGUGAUGAAAAUAUGAAAGUUUAAAGAGGCAGUCUUGUUCUAUGAUUGGCGUCGUAAAUGUUCGGCUCUUGUUACGGUUGAGCUUUACUUCACUAGAGAUGUGUUUCAUAUCUUCUAUCCUUACCCUCCCUCCUGCAGCCACUAACGCUACAUUGUUGGAUUCUCUCGCCCGUGUCUCUGCUUUCUCUCCCAAUCUAAUCCCCCGGCAUUUUUCGGAAUUCUUAUUUCCACUUGAAUUUCUCUUCCAUUUUUAUUUUCUCUCUGGGUGCUCAAGAAAUCUCACUGCAAGGUUCUUGCAUUCGCAUUUCACAGCUCUGUGAAGGCGCGCAGGGCUUCAAUGGCGAGCGAACAUGCACUCACAGCCAGAGAGGUCUCAGCCAUGAUAAAGCAGGGUUUCAUAUCAGAUCCAGCUCUCUCUUUUUCGCCCUCCAGGACUAUCUCUAUGGUGUAUUCCCCUUCAUCCUCACCCUCCAAGACCUUCUCUUCGCCGCCACCCCCUUUCUCUGCAUCGCCUCAGUCCCAAACCCCAACUCAGAUGCAGGCUCGACCUGCUCAGAGCCAAACCCUUUACGAAAUGAUGUCGGAAGAGCAAAAUCGCGAAUCGAAGCUACCCGAUGAUAAGCGUCGGAAGCUGCAAGAUCGGGUGUCGAAGCUUCUGGAUGAAGCGCCGUUUCGAGACCCUAAUUGGGGAGGACCUGGGGAUCUGAGGCUUACGGUUGUUUCGAGAGACGGGUUUAAGGCUUCCAUGGACGUUCACAAGAGCGUGCUCACAGAGAAGAGCAGAUUCUUCGCCGAGAAGCUUCGAUGUGAUCGUGGGGUCUCGCACUCGGUGGAGAUCAGCGACUGUGAUGAUGUGGAGGUGUAUGUUGAAACUGUGGUAUUGAUGUACUGUGAGGAUUUGAAGAGGAGGUUGAUGGGUGAGGGGGUUUCUAAGGUUUUGAGUUUGCUCAAGGUAUCGGCAGCUAUCAUGUUUGACCUAGGUGUUAUGUCAUGCGUAGAGUAUUUAGAAGCCGUUCCUUGGUCUGAAGAUGAGGAGGCAGACGUCAUAUCUCAGAUAGAUCAUCUCCAGCUUCAUGACCCUGGAACUGAAGUUCUUCUCAGAGUAUUAUCUGAUCCAUCUACUUCCGUCAGAGCCGAUGACAUCUUUGUGAGCCUGAUGAGUGGUGUUCUGCAAGCAAAAGAUGACAAAGCUCGCAGGGAAAUGAAAACUCUCAUAUCUCGUUUGCUUAAAGAAGCAUCAGAUGAUAGCAGCAGACUCGAUGUUUCUAAAGACACGCUCUAUCAUCUUUGCCAUAGAUGCCUUAGUUCUCUUGUGCUGUGCUUAUCUGAAGCUACAAGCAUGGACGAGAAUCAAAAUCGAGGAGUUUUAAUGAGUGAAAUUACUCGUGAAGCAGACAAUAUUCAGUGGAUCGUUGACAUUUUAAUCGGUAAGAAAAUGGGUGAUGACUUUGUCAAAAUAUGGGCAGAUCAGAAAGAGCUUGCUACGCUUCAUUCAAAAAUUCCAACCAUCUACCGCCAUGAGAUCAGUAGGAUCACAGCUCAACUGUGUAUUGCCAUUGGAAGGGGACACGUGCUGGUGCCAAAAGAAACGAGAUUUUCCUUAUUGUCGACAUGGCUAGAAGCUCUGUAUGAGGACUUUGGAUGGAUAAGGAGAUCUUCCAGAGCUGUUGAUAGGAAGUUGGUGGAGGACGGAUUAAGCCAAACCAUACUCACAUUGCCUUUACUUCAACAGCAGGCUGUGUUACUCAAUUGGUUUGAUCGCUUUCUUAACAAAGGAGAUGACUGUCCCAAUAUUCAGAAGGCGUUUGAGAUUUGGUGGAGAAGGGCUUUCAUCAGACAAUAUUCAGCUGAGCAGGAUGAUUCCCAGUUGCAAAUAAGUAUUUGUGAAUACCCUACCUGAAAGGUAUGCUAAAACUUCUAAAUAACUGAAAAUAAUAAGAAAUUUUAAUCAUCUUUGUACAUAACUAGUGACUCUUCCACACUCUUAGCUUCUGCUGUCUUCGGCUUUGUUCAAAUUUGGUUUGGCAUUUUUUUGCCCUGUGACAUAGUCAAGACAAAUUUAAGGGUAGACGAACUGGAAAUACUGAGGAAACGAAUGGGGCAACAAAUGGAGUGGCGUUGCCGUUGCUGCUCUCUCGUUGAAUUGUUAAUUGUUAUCAACAUCGCCAUGGAUGACCCUCCCUUCUUAACCUAUUGAGCUCUAAAUUUUAUCGGUAUUUUUUUA